CUCACGAUUCUGCCAAGCGUCAGUUUAAGUAUCUGCAGCCUGCAGUGUCUUAUGUGUUUGUGAGGCGUUAACAAUCGGUUACAAGGAUCCGUUUCUACAGAUAAUAUCAUCAUGAAAACAGUUUUCAUUCUUUGUUUGCUGGUCACAUUGUUAUACCUUGUGUCAUGCUGUGAAUUGAAAACACAUUAUAUGAAGGAUGUUAAAUGCUGUAAGAAGUGUGGACCAGGUAAGAGGAUGCUGGUGGACGAUAACUGCGAGGACCCGCGCUGUCAGGACUGCAAAGAUGGAGAAUAUCAGGACGACUACACAAGCAAAACCAAAUGUGAACGCCAGCCCAGCUGUGAUACCAAUUUACAUUUUAAACCACAUUUUAAUCCCAGUACGACCGAAAAAAUCAAAUGUCAGUGUGAAGAUGGAUACUACUGUAUGAACGAUGACGACUGUGACGUUUGUAGAAAACACACAGUUUGCAAGCCAGGACAGAGAGUCAUCAAAAAAGGUUCACCGGUUAGUGAUACUGUGUGUGAGGCAUGUAAAAAUGGAACAUUCUCCACCCAUGAUUCAGCGGACACUUGCCAGACAUGGACAAUAUGUGAUUACGGAUAUGAUAAAAAUGCCCCUGGCAGUUCAACCUCAGACCGGAUCUGCUUGGAUGGUACACCUGCUCACAGAUUUCUCAUUGGAGGGAUAGUUGCAGCUGUGUUCAUCAUCAUACUUGGAGCUGUAGCAGUUUGCAUCGUAAAAAGAUAUAAAUGGUGGACAGAGCUCCCCAAACAAGCUGAAAAGAUAACAGGCUUAGGUAUAAGAAGAUUGCAUGAAGACACAGAUGUUGAGAAAGCACACCAUCCAUUAAGACAACAACAGCCUGAGGAGGACUAUGAUGACAGCACACCUGUGAGCCCUACACCGAGUAACAUGACUGACAAUGGACACCCUGUACAACAAGAGCAUGGCAAAGAGUCUGUCAGUUCACAUCCUGAAACAAAUUCAUCUUUGUAGACUAUACACAAAUAGCUGUGCUCCAUCACGUUACAUCUGUCAACAUAGAGCAUUACAUGAUAAAGCAGUGCUUACUCUGAAUGUCCUCAAACAUGUAUGUAUUGUAGACAAUCAUAAAAGUGUUCUAUAUAAUGACUGAAACAUCAGCUCCACAGCAUGAGCUUUGUGUUUUUAAACAUACACAAAUGUAUGCUGUCAUUGUUACAAAAUGCUGCUGUGAGCUCAUUAU